CCCGAUGAAACGUGUAUCAGUGGUGAAUACUUGGAUCGGGGCUUUAGUUGGUGCCAUCACACCUUUGAUGGGAUGGACAGCUACAGGUGGUACCUUAUUCCCAUCUAUGAAUCAACCACUCCUCCUUCAUACACCUGGUUCAAAUCUUCCUAACACUCCGAAUCCUCUCACGGCAUGGACAUUAUUCGCUCUUUUAUUCUCUUGGCAAUUCCCUCAUUUCAACGCAUUAUCUCACCUCAUCCGAGGUUCAUACGCAUUAUCAGGUUAUCCUAUGCUUUCUGUCCUCUCUCCACGAUUGAACUCCCUGGUCUCUCUACGUCAUGCCCUUCUGUUGGUACCCAUAUCAGCUCUCAUGGCUCCAUUGUCAGGCAGUGUCGAUUGGGGCUUCGCCCUCACCAGUGCUGUUCCUAAUGCGGUUUUUGUCCAUUCCGCAUGGGUGUUUUGGAGGACUACGACGGAUGUGGCGGCGAAAAGAGUGUUUUGGGUUAGUUUAUGGUAUCUUCCCGUAGUGAUGGGGUUGAUGUUGGUUCAUAAGAAUGUCAAGGUCUGGUUGGGACGAAAAGAUGAGUCGGUCAGUUUGUCAGAAUCAGGGGAAGGAGGAGGAAUGGAUGAUGGAGGAAUUGAGAAAGGAAUGAAGUGAUAGAAUUAAAGGUACCAAAACACAUCUCAUUAGAAACAUUUUGUAAAAUCAGUCAAAGUCAUCUUGCAUCGCAUG